AUGGGCUCGCUGUUUCAUCGUGUUGUCGUCGUCCACCAUCUCCGGCCGCUGCAUCUCCUCCAUCUGUCGGCAGCUGGCUGCACCUCCUCCAUCGUCGCCGACAACUACAAGAUGAAUUCUAUUAUAGAUAUGAUCGACAAUGAGAAUUUUUCUAUAAUUUCUCAAGCUGCUGUUGUGACUAAUUUGAUGAAUAUAGACAAUGAUGUUGAGUUAAAUGAAAUAUUGGAAGAUGGAAUUGGAGAUGAAGAUGAUGAUGAAACAUCUUUUGACAAUAAUGUUGAAUUACCCUCAACUUUUACUAAUAUGGAAGGAACAAAUUUGACUAUUGAUGAAAAUUGGAUUAUGACACAAUCAACGAGUAAGAAUGAUUUUACGCGAGAGUUGGGAAAAGAUUCUUUCAAGGAUAAAGAGGAACUUGUUAGAGCAAUCAAGAUACAUAGCAUUAGGACACAUAGACAAUUUGAGCUUCAUGCAAGUAAACGUAAACGUAGUGGUUAUUUUGAAAUCACAACGUAUACCGGUCUGCACACUUGUUUACACUAUAAGCUUUCUCAAGACCAUCCGAACCUAGAUGCAAGCUUGAUUGCUAUGGAAACUAGACACCUUAUAAAAGAGCAACCUUCUAUCAGUAUUCCGGCUUUGAGAGCUGAAAUAGUUGAAAAUUUGGGCUAUACUCCUUCAUAUAAGAAGGUUUGGGUUGGAAAGCAAAAAGCAAUUGAACAUGUGUUUGGAAACUGGGAAGAGUUUUAUGUCGCUUUACCAAAAUAUCUAGGUGCACUUCAAAAGUUCAAUCCAGAAACUAUAGUUGAAUGGUGUGUUUCAAGAUCGAACAAUGUGGAUGAAGUUGAAUUUAGGCGUGUUUUUUGGGCUUUUGCUCCCUCUAUCAAAGGGUUUCACUAUUGUCGACCGGUGAUUAGUAUUGAUGGCACACACUUGCAUGGUAAAUACAAGGGUAAGAUGCUAAUUGCAAUGGGAGUUGAUGGCAAUAAUCAAAUUUUGCCACUUGCAUUUGCUAUUGUAGAAAAUGAAUCUUAUGAUACUUGGGAUUGGUUCCUUUCUCAUGUCAAGAAUCAUGUGGUGAAAGACCGUGAAGGCAUAUGCCUAAUAUCUGAUCGUCAUGGUGGAAUUCUUAAGGCUAUCAAUGAGCAUGGAUCUCCAUGGUUAGAGCCACGUGGUUUUCAUAGGUAUUGUUUACGAUAUUUCAUCAACAACUUUUAUGACAAGUUUCGUAAUUCAGAAUUGAAAGCUUUAGCUUACCGUGCCAGGAGUCAGAAUCAAAUUCGAAAGUUCAACUCCAUCAUGGAAGAAAUUAGGAAGUUAAAUCCAUGUGCUCGACAAUGGUUGGUGAGUCAUCCACUUAUUAGAUGGACACUUGCACAGGAUGGUAGAAGGAGAUAUUGGUUGCUCACAACAAAUUUGUCAGAGAUUUUCAACAGUGUACUUAAAGGUGCUCGUUUCUUACCAAUCAUAGCUUGUGUGCAACUUACAUUCUAUAGAAUGGUGCAUUAUUUUGAGGUGAGACGUCCUUUAGGAUCUAGUUCUCAAGCUCAUGGAGAUACACAUACUCCACAUGUUGUUGUAAAACAAGUAGCUUUGAUGGCAAAAGCAAGUGCACAUUCCUUAAGAUCUUUUAGCCGAGAAAAAGGUAUAUUUGAGUUGAUAACUCAAAGAGGUCGAAAUGUGCAAGUAGUUAAUUUGGAACAAAAAACUUGCACAUGUGGUAAAUGGGAGGCAUUUAAAUAUCCUUGUUCUCAUGUCUUGAGUGCAUGUGCCAAACUCUCUUUGAAUAGUUGGCAAUACGUUGAUAGAUGUUACUCAAUUGAAUAUUAUUAUGCUACUUGGGCAUCUGAGUUCUCCCCGCUUCCUCAUGAAGCGUAUUCGCCACAAUCACCAUUUAAUGAAUUACUUCCAAAUUUAGAACUAUUACGAAAUAAAAAAGGUCGUCCUCGUUCAACAAGACUAAAAAAUGGCAUGGAUAUUAAAGAAGGAAGAAAUGUCAAUCUUUGUGGAAUUUGUAGGCAACCGGGACAUAAUCGAAAACGAUGUCCGUCUAUGCCAAGUUAA